AUGCCUCGCAGCAGCAAAGCCCCCACUACAGCAGCAGCAGCAGCAGCAGCAGCAACAGCCCCCUCGCAACAAGCUUUGCUGCUUUGGGGCUUCACGAAGCAGGAGCUGCUGCAGCAGGUGACGCAAGGUGCUGCAGCAGCAGAUAGGGACUCAGCUGCAGCGCGGCGCUGCCGCCAGCUGCAGCUGCUGCGGGCCGAGGCAGCAUCUGGAGCAUCACUGCAGCAGCCCCUUUUGUUUUUUCGAGUCCGCAGCAGCAGCAGCAGCAACAGUUGCAACUGCCUGUUGCUGCACCCUGAGGUUGUUGCCCUGCUGCUUAGCUGCAGCAGCACGCUGCAGCAGGAAGCUGCCGCGGCUGCAGCCGCAGCUGCUGCUGCGUCAGCAGCAGUGGCUGCUGCUGCUGCUGCUGCAACGAGCCCAGCAGCAGCUCUCUCCACCCAAGCAAACGGGAGCCCCCGGAGCCGACUUGGCCGCUACGCUAGCAGGAACAGCAGCAGCAGCAGCACGGGCAGCAGCAGACGCGGAACGACUGCAGCAGCAGCAGCAGCCGCUGCAGCGAGCAGGCUGUGGCCUUUGCUGCUGCUGAACCCCGUAGCUGACUGCCAGCUUCCUGAGUUGCUACUGUGCCUCUGCAAGUCUCCCGGCGGCGCAGCAGCAACAGAAGCAGCAGCAGCAGCAGCAGUUGAUGACAGCAAGCUGCUGUGUCUGCUGCUGCCGAGCAUCAUCUGGGAAGGACGCUUGCUGCGCUGUGGGGCCCUGCGCGUGUGGGGGCGCCAGCCGCUGCUGCAGCAGCAGCGAGGGCAAGAAGAGCAGCAGCAGCAGCAGCAGCAGCAGCAACCAGACAGCAACCAACAGCAGCAGCCAGAGCGGUGGCAGCAACGCGCCGAAAUUGGGCCGCUGUUAGUGCAGCUGAGCACUCUGAGCUGCUGCUGGUCAUCAGAUCGCAGCAGUUGUCGUGAGGAGGCAGCAGCAGCAGCAGCAGCAGCAGCGCCUGCUGCUGCCACAGCGACGACGCUUCGGGUUGUGCUGCAGUGGGAAAAGGAGCUGCUACUGCAUGCAGCAGAAGCAGAUGCUGCUAACCUCCUGCUUUGGUGGCAGCAGCUGCGCAGCAAAUGGACCCUUGCGGGCCCUACGGAGGAGGAGAAACAGCAGCAGCAGCAGCAAAGUACGUGCAGCGAGAGCACGGGCCAGUGCGCCGUAGCUGGAGACAGCAGCUGCCGCGGAGGCAGCAGCAGCAGCAGUAGCAACAGCAGCACUUUGUGGCAGCAGAUCGGGGUGGAGGCAACCAGCGUCUUUGCUGUUCAGUUGCUAGUGUCUCAACAGCAGCAGCAGCAGCAGCAGCAGGCAUGGGGCUUGACCCUGGGACUUGGCAGGGCACAGUUGGAGCUCUACAAGCCCCCAAAGUCCUUCAGCAGCAGCAGCAGCGGCAGCAGCAGCAGCAGCAACAGCAGCAGUAUGCCCACGCUGCUCAGUGGCUGGCGCCUGCGUCUGAGUCGUCCGUACGCUGCACUUUUGCAGCCGCAGCAGCAGCAGCAGCAGCAGCAACCGCAGCAGCAGCAGCAGCUGCUGCUGCUGCUACAGCAGCAUGCCCACCGGCAAGUCUUCGGCGUGUUCGCUGCAUCCGCAGACGCCGCUGCUGCUGCUGCUGUCACGAAAGACGCAGCAGCAGCGACUGGGGCGCUGCUGCUGCAUGCAGAAGAAGAAGUGACGGCCCCUCAGUUCAGCAGCACUUCCUUGCCUAUUGUUUCUGUUGCGUCUGCGUCUGCCGUCAGCAGCAGCAGCAGCAGCAGCAGCAGCAGCACCGAAAGCAGCACCUGCUCCAGCAGCUGGUGGCUUGCCGUGUCUGCUGAACACAGGAAAGGCCUUGCGGCGAUUCACAAGUGCCCGCAGCAGCAGCAGCAGCAGCAACAGCAGCAGCAGCAGCAGCAGCAGCAAGACAGACAUGCUUCCAGUUGGUGUCUCCUCGAUGGAGAAGCGGUGUUGCAGCAGACAUCGUGGGGAGUUGUGCUGCUGCCAGUAACAUUGCAGCUGCCUGCAAUUGCUGCUGCUGCAGUCUGCUCAAUCCUGGGCUCUUUUGCAGCAGCCGCGGCUGCUGCUGCUGCAGCUGCUGCUGCUGUGGCGCCUCCAGGACUGGAUGCUGUCAAGAUACUUUCUGUGGAGCUCCUGAGGCAGAGGCAGCAGCUCCAGACAGCGGGAGCCGCGGCUACUAAUGCUGCUGCUGCUGCUGCUGGCGUUGCUGCAACAGCUGCAGCAGCUGCAGCAGCUGAAAUGCACGCGGAGCUGCCGCUGCUGCAACGCAGCAGCUGGGAAGUCCGCUGUGGCAACUUGGCUCUUCACUUGCCUGUUUCUUCUGCAGCAGCAGGAAACGAGGAAGAAACCGCAGCAGCAGCAGCAGCAGCGAACCCAGAGGCAGCAGCAGGAAGCCUGGUGGUCACGGUGGCGGACUUUUUUGCAUCUGUCGUUUCCCUCCGUGCGUACCAUCAGCAGCUGCAGCGGCAGCAACAGCAAGACGGUCACAUGGUCCAGCAGCAGGAGCUGCUGCUGCUGGCAAACGUCAGUGCUGCUGCUUCAGCUCCAGCAGCAACAGCAGCAGCAGAAACGGGAGCAGCAGAAACGCUCUUUAGCUGCUGUGAUCGGCUAUUCAUACACCCCGUCAGUCUUCGCAUUCAUAAGUCAGAGAAGAGCAGCAGCCGCAGCAACAGCAGCAGCAGCAGAAGCAACAGGCUCGAAGAGUGCUGCUGCUGCACUGCACUGCUGCGAUCUUGCUGCUGCGACGCUUGCGGCAGGUGCAGCCACGUCUUAGGAGAGUUUGCCUGUGGGACCCACAGGCCGCUGCAGUGCGAGCAGCAGCAGCAGCAGCAGCAGCAGCAGCAGCAACUAUUGCAAGUCUCUCGAAGGCUCCCCCUUGGCUGCCGUUUGCAUGCGCAUGCCUCUGCAGUGUACGUGGACCUCAGUGACCAGGCAGUGCUGCUGCUUUUGCUGCAGCUGCUGCAUCAGAUCCGGCGGCAUGUUGCAGCAGUAACAGCAGCAGCAGCAGCAGCUGCUGCUGCUGCUGCAUGCGCUGUUUCCGUACCUGAUAGCAGCGAUAUUGCUUCGACCAUUGUGCUUGAAGGCGAUGUGCAGCAACAGCAGCAGCAGCAGCAGCAGCAGGCACAACAGCUUCAGCAGCAUGAGCAGCAGCAGCACAUACAGCAGCUGCAACGACAAGAGCAGCAGCAGGAACUGCUUCUGCAAGCAGAUGCACUGGAAGUGCUGGUGGCCUCCCCCUGUGCAGCAGCAACAGCAGCAGGUGCUGCAGUAUCAGCAGCAGCAGCAGGUUACAAGGAAAGCGCUGCUGCCGCUCGUGUUGAUUUGCUGUGGUGUGGAGACGCCGUGUCAACAGCCUGCAGCAGCAGCAACUCCAGCAGCAGUAGCCACAGCCGCAGCAGCAGCUGCGGUCUAUGUAGGAGCACCAGACGCUCAGGCAGAAGGCCAGCAGCAACAGCAGCAGCAACAGCAGCAGCAGGUGCAGACAGCUCUGCAGCGGACACAGCAGCUGCAGCAGCAGCAGAACAGGAGAAAAGGGAGCCUUUGGCCCAGCUGCUGCAGCGAGUGGCAGCUGACCGAAUUUGCAUGCGUCGUUUGCUGCUGCGUAAUGGGGUUCAGCUUCCUGUUGCUGCUGUUGCUGCUUCUGCUGCUGCUGCCGUUGAUGACUGCGCGCCAAUCGCUUUGAGAGCUGUGGGGCUGCAGCUGCAGCAAAGCAGCAGCAGCAGCAGCAGCAGCAGCAGUAGAAGCAGCAAUUACAGAAGCUGCAGCACACGUUUUUCCCUGCAAACUCUUGUGCUGCAGCUGGCUAGAUCCGCUCUGGUGUCUGUACAUCCAGCAGCAGCAGCAGCAAGUGCGACAAAGAAGAAGCAAAGGAAACAACAGCAACAGCCGCAGCAGCAGCAGAUGCCAUACGGCAUUGAGGUGACGUGGACGGUAGCUGGCGGCCCAGAGACAGCAACAGCAGCAGCAGCAGCAACAACAACAGCAGCAGCGGCAGCUCAGCGGACAGUUUGCCUCAACAGCGUGGCCCUCGUGCUGCAUCCGCAUGCAGCACAGCAGCAGCUGCUACAGCUAUCCAAGAGUCGCAUUUUGCUGCUGCUGCAGCGAGCUUUCGAACCAAUAGAUCUGGACAAGGCAAAGCAGCAAGAGCACCGAAAGCAGCAGCAGCAAAGACUGGAGCAGCAGCAGCAGCAGCAAAGACAGCAGUGCCACCAGAAGGUGGACAAGUUCUUCAUAGAUUUCCUGCUGCUGCAUGCAGCAGAAGGCAGCAGCAGCAGGGAUCUCAGGGCUCUGCGGCUGCUGCUGCACCAGGGGGCUGCAGUUAUUUGGCCUCCACAGGAGCAGCAGCAACAACAGCGCCAGCUGGAAGAGACGAAGCAAGUGCAGCAGCUGCAGGAAAAGCAGCAGAAGGAAGAGCAGCAGCAGCAGCAGCAUCACGCGAUAGAGCUGUGCGAGCUGCAGCGACGGGAGCACCCACUCGCUGCGUAUAUGUGCAAGCCAUCUGCUGCAGCAGCAGCAGCAGCAGCAGGCAGCAGCAGCUCGCGCACCGUAGACGUUAUUGCUGCUGCUGUGUCGCUUUGCUGCUGGACUGCAGCAGCACCGCAGCAGCACCUACCGCUGCUGCCGCCAGUGCGGCUGAGUGGCACGGUGUCUAUACACCAAAAUAAGGCUCUGGCAGCAGCAGCAGCAGCAGCAGCAGCAAUGGGAUAUCUGCCCGUUGCUGCUGCUGGGGAGGGUGCAGCAGCAGCAGCUGCUGCCCAGCUUGCAUGCACUUGCCUGCGGCGUCUGUACACCUCAGCGGGCCUAAGCCUUCAUCAGGCCUCACCAGUUAGUGGGCAAGCAGCAGCAACAGCAGCAGCAGCAACAGCAGCAGCAGCAACAGCAACAGCAGCAACAGCAACAGCAGCAGCAGCAACAGCAGGGACAGCAGCGGUUGCAGUGGCUGAUGAUGACGCUGCUGCUGCUGCUGUUUCAUACACAGAAGGGGCUGCUGAGUUUCAAGUAUCUCCCGUGCUGCUGCGUCUGUCUCCUUGGAAGCUGCAGCUGCUGCUGCAGACUAUAGCUGGGGUAAGAGACAUGGCUGCUGCUGCUGGUGCUAUUGGCACUGCAGCUGCUGCUUCCGUGCCCAUGGAAAAAGAGACUG